AUGGAUCCCGCGGCUUUCAACAGUGCAUCCGCUUUGCAGGGUGUCUGCAGCGAAUACGGUGCCUCAGCUGGUACAGUCAUCCAGAACAUCGCCUGGCGUCGAGCCGCCUCGCAGUUCGAUCCAGCGAAUUCCGAUAUGACCGCGCCAUGCUAUAAAGGCCAUUCUCGUAAGGUCUAUCCUAAGACCGGCGCGACACCAUCCGCUUCAACCUCAGGCCCACUCAGCUCCACUCUCACUACUAUGCUCUUCAACAUCAAGCUUGCCGUUGUUGCACUCAGCGCCUUCGUCAGCAUCGCCGGCGCCGUAGCCGAACCCGCGCCAGCCACGCCCACUCACCAGAAUAUCUGCACUGGAGUGGCGUGCAAAGGCGCAGACUAA